GUGCCGCCUCUGGUGAUGUCAUAGCACGUCUGACGUAGGAGAACGAUGUCAUGAUGUCGAGACCUCACAGCGUUCCCAGGGACAAUGGGCUGGAUCGACCUGUCUAGGGUUUAACCCUUCUCUGGCCCCAUUGUUGCACAGAAGGGAAACUGAGGCACAAAGACACGAAGUGACGUGCCCAUAGUCACCCAGUGAAGCUGCCAAAACAGGGCAUUGAACCCAGGUUAUGCGUGUGCCCCACUGCUGGCCCAUCCUUCCUUCGGUGUGGGCUGUGGAGUUGGCUGGGAAAAUCCAGGAAAGGUCAGAUUGGGGCUAACAGUUUCCUUCGUAACAAAACAAGGAUGGAGUCUCCCAAACCCUCGGCCUUGCAGCGCUUGGGAGCACCCCAGGGUGCCCACUGGGGUUGUGAGGAGGCCAGCGUGUGCUCCAGAGCUCAGCUACCGCACAGAGCAACCACAGCAGCAUGGCACAAGAGAGCAAUGAGUGACAAUACGCACCGGACUCCGCUGCCAGACGCACACUCGGCUCAGCGUCAGCCCGGUGGUGCUGGAUAGCGUCACCUUCCCUGGCACAGCCUGAGUGGAGAACGCCCACUGCUCACCCUGCGAGUCACUGACAGAGCCACAGAUGGGACCCAGGAGUCCUGAAUCCAGUGCUCUGUUUGUUCUUGCUGCUAGAGCACACCUCCUUCCAGAACUGGGAGCAGAACCCAGGAGAUCUGGCACCCCUCCCCCCGCUCUAACCACCAGACCCCACCACCAGGAACAGAAUCCAGGAGUCCUGACACCCAGCCCCUCCCACCACUCUCAUCCACUAGGCCCUGCUCCCUUCCCACAGCCAGGAAUAGAACCCAGGAGUCCUGGUGCCCCCAGCAGCAGCCAAGCUCUGUGCCCAGGGCCAGCCCUGGCUGCCUGUCACAUGGCCGGGGAGGUGUCACUACAGCUGCUGACGUGGGCCUGUGCUGUCCCAGGACCCUCCUCCUUUGGCAGCCGCUGCUGAGAAGCUGCCAGCAAAGUUGCAGGAGGUCCCGCAGUGAGGGGAGCGACUGGACAGUGAGCGGCCAGGUAAGGGGCCUAAUGGGACGGGGAAGGACUUUUCUGCCCAGCCUCUUAGCCCGGGAGAAGGUACCCGCGCUCCUGGCACUGAAGCCCUCGUGAGAUGCUGCUCAGAGCCAUGGGGCUCCCUAGAAAGAUACGGGGGGGGGGGGGGCAUCUCUGCAAGGCUCCCUCUGAGAGCAUGCGCCAGUGGGAAAAAUCCUGUCAACGCAACACACAUGGGUGCUGCUGCCUGGGCAUCCCAUACAGGUGCAGAGAGCCACUGCCGGGCUAAAUCCUACUACUACAGCCACGCACGGGCAUCGUCCAGCUGGAACCACGCACAGCCACCGCCGGGCUGGUGCCACGCACGGCCACGAUCGGGCAGGAGCCACACAUAGCCACCGCCGGGCUGGUGCCACGCACGGCUGCAGGUUGCUGAGGCACAACUUUGCAAGAGGAAAGGCGCUGAGCCGGCAAUUCAAACCACACGUUGUCUGUCUCCACACCGCCCCCGGCACGCAAGGAAAUGCAGCUUUCAGAACAACAUCUGGGGGAGCCACCCAGGCUAAGCCGGGCUGUCCAGGCUGCAGGGACGGAGAAUAAAAUAGAGGGGUGGUAGGUGGGACUCUUUACUCCUGGGAACGGUCGAAAGGGGCGGACUAGGCAGAUUUUCCCAGGAUGGGCCAUUUCUGGAGGUAGCUGUCCUGGGAAAUGUGCAAGGAUGCUUGCGCGGCACACACUGCCGGCUGUCCAGUUUUAGAGGCUCAGGAUCACCCCACCUGUCCUAUGUUUUUCUACCUCAGAAGUGGCAGUCCUAGGACGAGGCCCCAGGCUUCCCAAUGCCCACGAGGGGGGCAUGCGAUUGGUAAGAGAGAGAAAGAGUAAAAUCCAGGUGUGAUGUUUGUGGGAGACGCAGAUCCCCAUUUUCCAGGUGGAGGAAACUGAGGCCGGGGUAGAUGAAAUGACUUGCCCAAGGUCACCAGUGAGUCAGCGGCAGAGGAACCCUGAUCUCCUAGAUCCCUGCCCUGUAUCCCAUCCCCACGGCAGCCUCCCUCCCUCUCAGUGGGCGUGUCUCUGAUUGCCCAAGGCAAUACGCCUCCCUGCGGCUCCUGUUGGAUUUGGCUGAGGUUUGCUCAGCGCCUCAGCCGCAGGGUUGCAUUUUCGAUGGACUGCCGUUGGUUUCGUGCACGGGCCGAGGGUCCAGUUUAACCGGUGACUUGCCAAGGACAGUCCAUUUCGGAACUUGCAGCUUCGGGGCGAGGGGAAGGGACAGACCUGGACAGAGGCGGGGGUCCUGCAGGCCACCCCAUGGCAGCACCCCGGCGGUGAUGACGGUGCUGGGCCCCGGCUGGGCUGGGCUGGCGGUGCGCACAGAGCGGCCAGCCGCUCUCCCCCUCGCUGAGAUGCUGUCAGGGCGGUGGCGGCUGGAAGGCCGGUCCUGGCGCCGGGCCGGCCCCUCGCCAGGCUCCUCCUCGGCCGUGGCGCUGCGAGCCCUCUACGACUACCAGUACGAGGCGGAGGACGGGCGCCAGGUGGCCAUCGCCGAGGGCGAGCGCUUCCUGCUGCUGCGCAAGUCCAAUGAGGACUGGUGGCAGGUGCGGCGGCUCAGCGAUCCCCGGAGGGCACGGCCCAUCUUCGUGCCGGCCACCUACGUGGCAGAGGUGGCUCCACACGUGCAGGGUGGCCCAUGGCUGAGCGCCACGCUGCUCGCAGCCGCUGGCACCGGGCAGCACCCGUCCCCGGGCCUGCAGCCGCGGUACCGAUCCCUCCAGGACCUGUCCAGCCCCCCAGCCCGGCCUGCCGAGCCCGGCCACCACUCCUGCCACAGCCUGAGCCUGCCAGCCUGGGACCCCGGCCCCCAGCUCGGCCCGGCCCACCCCGUCAGCAGGAGCGUCAGCGCCGCCGGCCUGGCCCAGAGCCCCGGCAGGGACGCGCUGGCCCCCAGAUGCCAGCAGGAGCGGUGCCCGGAGCCGGUGGGGCAGGGGGUCAGGCCCCCUGGAGUUCCGCCCCCUGGAGCCACCAUGGAGGAGCCCCCCAUUUACUGCAAUCUGGAGGAGAUCAAGCGGGUGAGGGGGGAGCCCCCCAACCCCAGCGGCCCCCCGCUGCAGGUGCUGGACACCUGGGAGCGCCACCUCGACCCCAGCACCGGCCGCAGCUACUUCUACAACCCGGAGACAGGCGACAAGUCUUGGAAACCUCCGCGGCGCCACCGGGAGAUGAGUUUGCUCCCCGUGGAGGCCCUGAGCCCCGAGUCCCCGGCAGCCGCUGACCCGGGGGAGACGCUGGCGCAGGGCGGGGGCAGUGUUCGGGCCGCCCGGCUCGGCUACACCAAAUCCAUGAUCUUGCCGGAAUCUCGCGUGCCCAAGGUGUCUCACCGCAGGAAUCGCUCCCAGCACAACUUUGAGGACUGGGUGGGGACCGGUCCCCCCUCCACCUGCCCUGGGGGCUCCCCCCCUCACCCCUCCGACUUACCCCAUGAAGUGGAGAAGGCCGGGCAGCUGAACAAAACCAAGAUUGCAGAGGGUGGCCGGAAACUCAGGAAGAGCUGGGGUGUCUCCUGGGUGGUGCUGGCUGGGAACAGCCUCGUCUUCUACAAGGAUCUCAAGGGCCCGGCCCCCGCCAGCUGGAGACCCGCCAGCAGCAGGCCCGAGAGCAGCGUGGACCUGCGGGGCGCCGUGCUGGAGCGGGCGCGAGACAUGUCCAGCAAGAAGAACGUCAUUCAUCUCCGCACAGUGACUGGCAACGAGUUCCUGCUGCAGUCGGACAGCGAGGCCGAGAUCCAGGACUGGCACCAGACUAUCAAGGGCGUCAUCCGUAGGCUGGACCGGGAGAACCCCCUGGACGAGCCGGGCUACGUGCUGCGCCGGGCGGGCAGCUCCGAGCUGGGGGACCUGAGCGGGGACGAGGAGGACGAGGGGCUGAGGCCGAAGGACAGCUGGAAAUCCUCCGGCUCCCUCCGCAGCCCGGACAGCAGCGAGAGGAAGCGAGUGAAGAGCAAACUGAGGCGCUUCAUCGUCAAGCGGCCCCCGCUGCAGAGCCUGCAGGAGAAGGGGCUCAUCCGAGACCAGGUCUUCGGCUGCCGGCUGGACGCCCUGUGCCAGCGGGAGAACGACACGGUGCCCCGCUUCGUUCGGCUCUGCGUGGAGGCCGUGGAGAAGAGAGGCCUGGACGUGGACGGGAUCUACCGGGUGAGCGGGAACCUGGCCGUGAUCCAGAAGCUGCGCUUUGCCGUCGACCGGGAGCGGGCAGUGACCUCAGACGGGCGCUACGUCUUCCCGGAGCAGCCGUGCCAAGAGGAGCGGCUGAGCCUGGCUGACCCCGAGUGGGACGACGUCCACGUUGUGACCGGCGCCCUGAAGCUCUUCUUCCGCGAGCUGCCCGAGCCCCUGGUGCCCUUCGGCCUCUUCGACGCCUUCGUGGCCGCCGCCAAGCUCCCGGCCUACGGCGAGCGGGUGCAGCGCCUGGCCGAGCUGGUCCAGAGCCUGCCCCCCCCCAACUACGCCACCCUGCGCUACAUCCUGAGCCACCUCCGCAAGGUGAUGGAGUACGCCGACGCUAACCGCAUGACCCGGCAGAACAUCGGCAUCGUCUUCGGCCCCACGCUGCUGCGGCCCGAGAAGGAGCUGGCCAGCAUGGCCGUGGACAUGGUCCACCAGAACCAGGCCGUGGAGCUGCUGCUCGCCGAGUUCCAGCGCAUCUUCCCGGCCCCCGGCGCCAGCUGAGCCCCCCACCCCUGCCCCGGACCAGGGCCAGGGCCAGCGCCACUGCCUGGAACACGCCGACCUCGGUGCCAGCUGAGCCCCCCACCCCUGCC